CGCAUGUUGUGAUCAACAACGAUGAUCUAUAUAGGGGAAAACACUUUAGAGGAAUUUUACAAUGCUUUAAAGCAUCGGUGCUUUAGUUUUUGCCUUUAUAUUACAACUUGAAGUUGUACCCCUAGCGUUAUGGCACAGCUUUAGGUUGUACCUAUACUAUUUUGUAAUAUCCCUUUAUGGUACAAACUAAAGUUGUACCUCUAUGUUAUGGUACAACUUCAAGGAAGUUUUACCACAACGAAAAGGUCAAAUUACCUUAUGGUACAACUUCAAUUUGUACCUUUAACGUUAUGGUACAACUUCAAAUUGUACUUUAAAGCAUCGAUCCUUUAAAGCACGAUAGAAGUGCUCAACACUUUAGGGACAAUUAACUCUAUUAGAGACCAAUAAUUUUCUUUCAUUAUGAAGGUUGAUUAUGAACGCAUUAUGGAAAGCACCUCAAACAUUCAACUAUAUGGUAUACUUAAGUAAUGAAGGAUGAUUAAUUUUUUUGGGCGAAUAGCAAUGUUUAUUGCUUUUACCCUAUUUCCCCUGUUAUUAUAUUGUAAGCAUAUUAUGCAUAGUUGGACCACUCUUGAACAUUUAACUUGCAUAACCAAGGUACAAAACACUUAUGACAUGCAUUUCAGGGCAUCUAUCAUCUAUGUUAUUAUAUAUGAUACUCCCUAGCCAACAUGCUAUGCCCAACGCUGAUAUCAUAUAAGAUUCACAAUUAGUUAAUUACCAUUGACGUCUCAUCCAAGGAUUGAAAAUCGUACCUGGGAAUGUACCGAAAAAGCCAACGAUAGGAUAUUUUAUGUUGAAAUCAUGAUUGAACUGUGAUUCAACCAUUUCAAACUAUUUAAUACCACCUACGACUUCACUUCCGGCAGGAAGUUCUGGUUGAACCGCCUAUACGAUAUGGUCUUCAGUCCUAUAAAUCAUCGUGAUGAAAGAUUAAAAUAGAACAUGAUAAGAGGAAGGAGGUAAGAUCUUGUGUGACGUGCUUAUCUUGUUGUAAACCUGCCCUUGUAAAUUACUCCCACCAGAUUUUCUUAGGAUUUUUCAUUUUUUAUCUAAUGGCCUACUAGUUUUACAAGGCUAUAAAUAUGAGAGACCCUUUUUACACUUGAUCUCGUCUUGGAAAAUGAUGUAAUAAGUAUCGACCACUACAAGGCUAUAAAUAUGAGAGACUCUUUUUACACCUGAUCGCAUCUUGUAAAAUGACAUAAUAAAUAUUGACCACUUCAUUCGCCGUUAAAUCAGACACUUCCCUCCCCGUCAUUUUAUAACCAACAAUAACAUACAAUUUCGCCUUGCCUUUUGUGUGCAUUUUUAGAUCUAACAAAUCUCUUUAUUUAUGACUCCACUAUAUAAUUCUUAACACGAGGAUGCAUGCUUGAAUCAAAACCACCAAGGUUUAUAAUAAUUGAAAAAGAAAAGAAAAGUUUGUAAGAGUAAAAUUGAUAUAAUAUGGUUACGGGAGAAGAACAGUGUCCAUGGGCUGAUAUAUGUCCAGAUCUCUUGAAUUCCAUCUACAGGAGACUCCCGUCCCACAUCGAUGGUACUCAAUUCAGUUGUGUAUGCAAGAACUGGCACCAAAUCCACUCCGAGGUCGUGCUUUCCAACCCCUUGCAUGUGGACAUCAACCGUACAAAAUUCUCCAACUCUGAUGUCGUCGAAGUGCGAGAAGAUGACAAGCUUUUCGUGAAACCAUGUCGCAAAACUCAAAUCCCAGAGAGGCUUGUAGGUGUCAGCAUAAAGAUCCUUGGGAGGGCGGGCGCGUGGUUUCUUAUAAAAGAGCGUGGCAUUUUCUUGGGUUGUUACAAUCCUCUGCUGCGAAGACCAGCAAACUACAUCGCUCUUCCCGACCCGAGUUUGCAUUUUUCUCACUAUCGUCGCAACCGAACGCCAGUCACAGUCAAGGUUGCAUUCUCUGCACUACCCACAGCUCGUGACUCGAUGAUCCUCAUGGUAUAUGGUGAUCUUUAUUUGAGUGUGCUCCGCUGUGGUGAUGACUGGAUGUGGAAGACAUACAAUUUCUCAUUGGCUAGGAAAAAGGGACAAACUUGCCUCGGUGUAGGCUAUGGAAAGGGCAGAUUCUUUUGCUUAUUUGAAAUGGGAGACAUGGUGAUUUUCAGCACUGACAAGAAUGAGACGAGAAUGUUGCUAGUGGCCACCAAACCCCUGCUUCUUGAGCAUCUCGAGCAAUGGGACAGCUUGCGUGUUGUGGCAGUGGUGACAAAAAAAGCCACGUCUGAAAGUGAUCAAAAUCAUGAGUUAGGAAAGAUUGUGGAGGUUAUGAUAGUCACUCAUUGGGAGCGGGAUCAUGAGGCGCGUGACAAGGACAACUUCAGACUGGUGGCAGUGGUGGAAAAAGUUAUCACGAUGACAGAUCUAUUACUAGCUAAUGAUGAUGAUGAUUGUGAGAUAGUGUCAAUGAUGGAGGAUGGGGACAACAAUAAGGGAUUGAUUGUAGUGAAAGAGUGGUUGCCAUUGAAGAGGAGUUUCCACGGUUUUUAUCUUUUCACACUAUAUUUUCUUUCUUCACUGCUUCUCCUUCUUGGUACUGCUUGGAUUAUUUUGUUAGCCUUUUGAUCCGCUGGUUGGAUUGUGGUUAAACUCAGCGUAAUGAAGGGCAGUACGUGUGAUUCUUUGGUUAAAGAAAAUUAGAGUUGACUAGGCAAACCAUUAAUAGUCUUUAUUUUGUUGUAGCACACCUUAUAUAUGAUCUGCACCCUGAAAUGUUGAAAUCAAUUCUUAAAAGUGAUUUUUAGUCCCGCAUGUGAUCUCAAUAAAGAUUUAUGAAACCAUGUUUUGGUAUAUGAUAAUCUUUCAAAUAAGUACUAAAAAUUUAGCUUUAAUCCUGAUCUCUUGGCCAUAAAAUUUGUAAUCUAUAAGUUUAUUGUCACUAUGGAUUGAAAUUAAUAGUCUUUAAGUUUUAUUUCAAAUAUAAUGAUAAAUAUUAUCAUAAAGG